GGCCCCUUCCCCGCCUCUUCCGUUUCCGUCCUCCGGCGGUCCUGGCCUCCUGCCCUCGGUGUGGCAGAAGCGGUUGCCAGGCUCCCGGGUCCAUGGCGUCCCUGGGGUCCGUGACCGCGGCGCUGCGGGUGGCUGAGGCGCUGGAAACCAUCGCCAGCCGCUGCGUGGGGCCCGAGGGCGGGCAAGUGUUGUGUACGAAGGCCACCGGCGAGGUGCUGCUCAGCCGGGAUGGAGGCCGCCUCCUGGAGGCGCUGCACUUAGAGCAUCCCUUAGCCAGGAUGAUAGUGGCGUGUGUUUCCAGUCACCUUAAAAAAACAGGAGAUGGUGCUAAAACAUUUAUUAUUUUUCUUUGCCAUUUACUCAGAGGACUUCAUGCAACCAGAGGAAAAGAAAAAGAUUCACUCACUUCUGCAAAUAUUCAGACCCAUGAAAGGCACUGGAGAAACUGUUGUCAGUGGAAAUCUGUUUCUCAGGCUCUAUUGACGUUUCAGACACAAAUACUAGAUUGUAUUGUGGACCAGUACUUAAGCAGGCACUAUUUGUCUGUCUUUUCUUCCUCUGCUAAAGGAAGAACACUGUGCAGACACUCUUUAGAGUCACUCCUGGAGGCAUACUUUUGUGGAAGAGUGGGAAGAAACAAUCGCAGAUUUAUUUCACAGUUGAUGUGUGACUACGUUUUCAAGUGUAUGGCUUGUAAAAGGGGGACUGAAGUAUUUGAGUUGGUGGACAACUGUUUUGUCGAGUUGAAUGUUGGUGUGACAGACCUUCCUGUUUCAGAUUCUAGAAUUGUGGAUGGCCUCGUGCUGCACCGGGACUUUUCUGUGUAUUGCCCAGCAGAUGGUGAUAUGAGGAUGGUGUUGGUAACGGAAAUCCUCCAGCCUCUGUUCUCAUCAUCUGGAUCAGAGUUUAUUCUAAAUUCAGAAGUGCAGUUUCAGGCAUCUCAGUGUUGGAUCAUGGAAAGGACAAAAGCAGUAAUGAGACAUUUGCAUAGUCAGAAUAUAAAACUGCUCCUGUCCAGUGUGAAGCAACCAGACCUGGUUAUUUACUGUGCAAGAUUAAAUAGCAUAUCGGUGGUGGAGUGCUUGUCAUCUGAAGAGGUUUCUCUUGUCCAGAGGAUCACUGGUCUCCUUCCAUGUGCUCUAUCACAGGUCACCUCACAGUGUGAAAUUUUUGAUACUACUUUGGUGAAAUUUUGUAAGCCCCUUAUCCUUAGAUCCAAAAGGUAUGUUCAUCUUGGCUUGGUUAGCACAUGUGAGUUUAUACCUCACUGUAUGAUCUUUUGUGGUCCGGUUUUGGGUCUUGUUCAACAACACGAGAGUGCUUUUCAUGGAGCAUUUAAGAUGCUUCGGCAGUUGUUUUCUGACCUUGAUCUAAAUUACAUUAUACAAACCCAAGACCAGAGUGACCCAAGUCCUCUUACUUAUAGCAGUAGCAGAGAAAGUAAUGGUAAGUAUCAGGACACAAGAGUAAAAAGCCAGAAUAAAUUGGAAAACACUCAGACAUAUUUAAAAGUAUAUUCAAAUUUGGUGGCUUCGGAUACAGAAUUAAAAACACAUAUGCCGUGGUCGGCACACAAGGAGACGCCAGUAGAUACAUCUCAAAGAGAUGAAGUACUGAAGUGCUUGUCUCCAGAAAAUAACGGGGUACUUGAUGAUUCUGAACUGUUAACUGAGAAUAAUUCCACUGGAAAUCCUACAGCAGAAGACACUAGAACCGAAACUUCUUCUGAAAAUGUACAGGUCACAAAUAAUCCUGGAAAAGGGUACACGUUGCCAGUGAUAUACAAGUCACUUGACACUUGUACCUCCCAGGGUUAUUGUUCAUCAACUAUCCCAGCAGGCUGUGUUCUGCCAGUGGGUGGUAAUUUUGAGAUCUUGCUGCAUUACUAUCUUCUCAACUAUGCCAAACAAUGCCGGCAGUCAGAUGAAGCCCUGGUCAGUGUGUUAAUAGCUAAUGCACUUUUAGGCAUCCCGAAAAUCCUUUACAAGUCUAAGAAAGGAAAGGACAGCUUUCCACACCUGUAUAUGCGAUCUCUGCAUGCACUGCAAACCAAUCAACCCAUGGUAAGUGGUCAGUCAGGCUUGGAGCCAGUAGCUGGUAAGUACCAGUUACUAACUUCAGUUCUUCAGUGUUUGACGAAAAUACUAACCAUUGAUUUAAUAAUCAAUGUUAAGAGACAACCUCAGAAGAUUGGUGACCAAGAUUCAGAAGAUGAACUUUAACACUGUCGGUUUUUCGUUGCUCAAACUCUGAGUCCGGGGCCAGGGAGAAGGCAAUCCAGAGGACCUGUGGUCAAUGCCCAGAGGUUACUGGCUGGAAGGAGAGGAUGGAGUCCUGAGGCUUGUCCUGUGUCCUACACACACAUGUCAGAUGCACACACUACAUGUUAGGAAAAAGCUUUAUUCAACUCAAGCUAAAAAUCAAAACGAGCUUCUUGCUAACUUUGAAGGCAAUCCAGUAUUUACCUUAAGUGCAUUGAGUCCCAGACCAUUCAGACACAAAUAUCAGCUCUAGGGAACAAAGACUUGGCUAAAUACGUCUCUUUCCUGCGUUAUAUUACCAGGCUCAGGUCUGUGUUGUCUGUGUCUAAGGGAGCAUGUCGCUAUAUUUCCCUUUUCUGUAAUUUUUUCCACUCCAUUUCCUUGAACGUUCUGUAUUUCAUAGUCAUGUGAUCUCCCAACCUGAAAGAGGCCUUCCGAUGCUAUCCCCUGUUGUUUAUAAACAUGAAUAUGAAAUUGUUAUGUUUUAUUUAAAAUAGUUUUUCUAUGAGAAAAAUUUGUAAAGCAGUAAAUAAAGUCAAAUUUUCUCUGUAAAAGCAUAUAAAUUAAUUUGUGUGUCAUUUGGUUUGUUUAUUUCUAUUGAAAACAGCUGGUUGGGGGCUGGGGCGAUGGUUCAGCUGGACAGCAUUUGCCACCCAAGCCUGCCACCCUGAAUUUAAAGGGGAGAACCAAUUCCACAAAGCUGUCCUCAGGGCUCCGUGUGUACACUGUGGCACUUGCAUGCACACAAAAAGGGUAAAGUUUCAACAUCUGCACCUUUGAAUACCUGUUCAAAAAUGACUUUGCGCUGCAAAUUCACCUUUUAUAAUUAGAAGUUAAUGCCAGAAAAGAUGGGAAAUUAUGCUUUUCAUUUUCUCCUGGCUCUGAAAGCCCUGGAAGGAUUUAAUGCAGUUGCUAGUAUUUCUUAGUUUGGGUGCACGGCCGAAAUUCUAUAGCAACAAACUGACCAUUGUGUAUUGUACAUUGACAAGUGUUUGCAUGUCACUUUAAGAGCUUCUGAGUGCAAACAGCACACUGUGUGUCAAGUCAUGAAUAAGAACAGUGUCUUCUUCUUUUAGUGAUUCUCUGUAACACCCCAAACAAUGUUUUCUUUAUGCCAAGUGUUUAAAUGUGCUUGUUAAGUAACUGUUAUCACAUCGGUUCCCCUAAAUACAUAUUUCUCGUUCAUUCAUUCAGUAAAUCCUUACUAUGCAAAUACUCAGUUAGAUGCUGACUCUGCUGUGCUGUCAAGCAGUGCCUUCAGAGAUUAAUAGAUAGAUAAACAUUGGCUUGUAAUUGAAUUUAGAAAAAGUAGAACAAAAACACCUUUGUAUUUGAAAUGUUUCUGACUAGUAAUGUGUUUGUAAGUUAGUAGGCUGGGAAGAUGACUGGGAAACUGUCCUGCUGCACAGAAUUGAGGAACCAGCCUCUGAAUCCCCAAUACCUACCUAACAGCCAGGAUUGGCAGCAUGCCUCUAUAACCCCACAACUGGGGGAUUGCCGGGAGUAGACAGGCAGAUCCCUGGAUCUUGCCUGCCAGCCAGUCCAGCCAAUUGACAAGCUCUAGAUUCAGUGAGACUCCCUCAAAAUAACUGGUUAUGUACACCAUGUUGAUGCAUGUGGUCCUUGUUUCCACGGGAUAACAUCUUGAUGGCCAUGACCUCUUUGUCUCCUUAGGACCAUGUUAAGGUAUGUAUUGUUGGUUUCCAAUGUGAAGAAUGUAAAUUUCCAAGAAUUGAAAUAUCAACUGAAACUAAGUUGACAUCCAGAAUGCUGCCAUCUCAAACAAGUUGAUGUCUUUGAUCCUGUUGUGUCUGUUAAACAUUUGAAUGACCAUGAGCAGACCUAUCAUGCUAUUACUAUUACUGCUGGAAGCCAUGUUGAUGCCGGGGUUCUUUCUUGCCCAUGGAUCUGAUGUUGAUGUCUAUCAUCUGUCCUGCUAUCUGUGACAAACUUGAUGCGAGAGUUCUGUGUUGCCAACAUGAAAAAUGUUCCUUUCCCUGAUCUAAACUAUCAUUGAAAACCAUGUUGCUGUCCAUUCUACAUGCUGCCACCUGAAACCAUGUGAAUUUAAUUGAUCCCUGCUGCCUCUGUAAACCGUAUGGAUGUCCAUGAUCAGAUUAUAACGCUCUUCCUACUAUUUCUGGAAACAGUGUUGAUGCUCAUGAUCUUCUUACCACUGGGUACCAGGUUUAUUACAUGAUCUCUCCUGCUACCUGGGCAAAUGUUAAUGUAAGUGUUGCUUGUUGCCAGUGUGUAGAAUGUUAAUUCCCAAGAUUUAACCAAGCAUUGGUAAGGAAGCUGAUAUACAUAAUUCAUGCUACCACCUGCAACCAUGGUGCUGCCUCUGUUAACCCUGUAGAUGUCUAUCAGUGGACCUCUAAUGCAUUCCUAUUGGUUCUAAAGCCAUGUUGAUGCAUGUGGUACUUGUUUCCAUGGGAUAACAUCUUGAUGGCCAUGACCUCUCCAUCUCCUUAGGACCAUGUUAAGGUAAAUAUUGUUUGUUUCCAAUGUGAAGAAUGUAAGUUUCCCGGAAUUGAAAUAUCAGCUAAAACUAAGUUGACACCCGGAAUGUAUGCUGCCAUCUCAAACAAGUUAAUGUCAUUGAUCCCUGCUGCCUCUGUUAACCAUGUUGAUGUCUAUGAUCAGAACUUCCAUGCUAUUCCUAUUGGUUCUGGAAGCCAUGUUGAUGCCCAUCAUGCCACUUGUUACUACUGGAAAACAUCUUGUUAUGGAUGACCUGUCUGGACAUUUAUGACUACAUUAAGGUAAAUGUUCUGUGUUACCAGUGUGAACAAUGUAGAUUUGUAAGAAUUAAACUACCAUCUGAAACUAAGUUAAUAUCCAUAGUUCAUGCUGCUGCCUGCAGACAAGUUGAUGCCAUUGUUCCCUGCGGCCUCUGUUAAGCAUUUUGAUAUCCAUGAUUGGAUAGUCCAUGGUGUUCCUACUAUUUCUGGAAUCCGUGUCAAUGCCUGUGGUCCUUCUUACUCCUCAAUAGGAAGUUUAUGCCCAUCUUUCCUGCCAUUUUAUUGCCAAUGAGAAAAAUGUCAAUUUUCAAAAUUUAAUCUACAAUCUGAAAAUAAGUUGAUAUCCAUGAUUCAUGCUGCCACCCGCAACCACAUUGAUGUCAUUGAUCCCACAUGCCUCUGUUAACCAAACUGAUGUCCAACAUAGGACCUACCAUGCUAUUUCUACUAUUUCUGGAAGCAAUGUUGAUGCCUGUGGUCCUUCCUAUCACUGCAUACAUUGUUGAUUUCCAAGAUCUCUCCUGCCCCUUGUGACCACAUUAAAGUAAGUGUUCUGUGUUGCCAAUAUGCAAAUUGUUAAUUUCCAAGAUUUAACCCACCAUCCAAAAGUAAGAUGAAAUCCAUAAUUCAUGAUGCCUCCUGAAACCAUGUUGAUGUCUUUGAUUCCAAGUGCCUCUGUUAAUCAAAUUGAUGUCCAUUAUGGGACGGACCGACUAUGCCAUUCCUACUAUUUCUGGAAGCCUUGUUGGUCCUUGUGGUCUUUCUUACCCGUGGAUAUGACAUUGAUGUCCAUCAUCUCUUCUGUCCCUGAGACCAUGUUGAUGCAACAGUUCUGUGUUGCCAUUGUGAAGAAUGUUAAUUUCCGUGAUCUCAGCUACCAUCUGAAACUAUGUUGGUAUCUAUAGUGCAUGCUGCCACCUGUAACCUCGUUGAUAUCACUGCUGCCUGCUGCCUCCUUUACCAUGUUGAUGUCUAUCAUGAGCCUUACCAUGCUAUUCCUGUUGGUUUGAAGGCCAUGUUGAUGCCUUGUGGUACGUUUUGUUCCUGGAUAAGAUGCUGAUGUUGAUGGUCUGUCCUGCCACCUGAGACCAUACUGAGGUAAGUUUUCUGUGUUGCCAACAUGAAGAGUACUGAUUUCCAUGAGUUGACCUACGGUCUGAACCUAAGUUGAUAUCUGUAAUUCAUUCUGUCCCUGAACCAUGUUGAUAUCACUGAUCCUUGCUCCUUGGUUUAUCAUGUUGAUUAUCAUGAUGAUUAUCAUGAUCUGACCUCCCAUGCUGUCCCUACUGCUUCUGGAAGCCGUGUUGAUGCCUGUGGUCCUUGGUACCCCUGGAUAUGAUGUUGAUGUCGAUGUUCUGACUCCUGAAUUCAUGCUGAGUUAACCAUGCUGAUGUUCAUGAUCCAACCUACCAUGCUAUCCUUACUGAUUCUGGAAGCCAUGUGGAUGCCUGUGGUCCUUGUUGCUCCUGGAAAUGAUGUUGAUAACCAAGAUCUUUGCUGCCAUGUGAGACCAUGUUGAUGGAAGUGUUCAUUGAUGCCAACCUGAAGAGUGUUAAUUUUCAUGAUUUAACCUACCAUCACAAACUAAGUGGAUAUCCGUAUUUCAUGCUGUCUACUACAACCGAGAUGAUGUCAUUGAUCCCUGCUGCCUAUGUAUAACAUGAUGAUGUCCAUGAUCAGAAGACAUACCAUGCUCUUCCUGUUGCUUCUAGAAUCCAUGCUGAUGCCUGUGGUCCUCCUUAAAACUGAAUACCAUGUUAAUUUUCUGGAUCUCUCCUGCUACCUGUGACUAUGGUAAGGUAAGUGUUGUGCAUCGGCAACAUGAAGAAUGCUCAUUUCUGUGAUUUCACCUAUAAUCUAAACUAUGUAUAUAUCCUUAUUUCAUACUGCCACCUGCAACCAUGUUGAUUUCAGUAACCAUUGCUGCCUAUGCUAACCAUGUUGUUGUCCACAAAUGGACACAUAAUGCUAUUGCUAUUGCUUCUGGAAGCCAUGAUGAUGACCUUGGACCAAGUUACCACUGACUUAAAUUUCCAUGAUCUCCUCUUGCCAUUGUGACCAUAUAAAGGAAGUUUUUGUGUUGAAUGUGAAGAAUAUUACUUUCUGAUAUUUAACCCACCAUCCAAAAGUAAGUUGAUAUCCAAACUAUAUGUUGCCAUCUGCAACCAUGUUGAUAUCAUUCAGCUCUGCUACCUCUGUUUACCUUGUGUGAUGUCUAUGAAUGGACAUACCUUACUGUUCCUAAUACUUCAGGAAGCCAUGUUGAUCAACUGGUCCUCAUUACCAUAGGAUAAUGUGUUUAUUGCAAUAACCUCUCCAGCCCUUAUAUUCAUAUUAAGAUAAUGGUUCUCUAUUGCCAUCAUGAAGAAUGUAAAUUUCCAAGAAAUGAAAUACCAAGUGAAACUAUGUUGUUAUCCAGAAAGCAUACUGCCACCUCAACCAAGUUGAUGUCAUUGAUCCCUGCUUUGUCUGUUAAACAUGUGGAUGUACAUGAGCAGACCUACAUGCUAUCCUAUUAUUUCUGGAAGCCAUGUUGAGCCAGGGUUUUUCUUGCCCAUUGAUCUGAUGUUGAAGUCCAUCAUCUGUCCUGCCACCUGAGACCAUGUUGAUGCAAGAGUUCUGUGUUGCCAACAUAAUGAAUGUUAAUUUCCCUGAUCUCAACUACUGUAUGAAGCUAUGCUGCUGUCCAUUCUACAUGCUGCCACCUGCAACCACGUGGAUUUAAUUGAUCCCUGCUGCCUCUGUUCACCAUAUGGAUGUCCAUGAUCAGAUUAUAACGCUAUUCCUACGACUUCUGGAAGCAAUGUUGAUGCUCAUGAUCUUCUUAUCACUGGAUAGCAGGUUGAUUCUAUGAUCUCUUCUGCUAUCUGUGACCAAGUCAAGGUAAGUGUUCCUUAUUGCCAAUGUGUAGAAUGUUAAUUCCCAAGAUUUAACCAAGCAUUGGUAAGUAAGCUGAUAUACAUAAUUCAUGCUGCCACCUGCAACCAUGCUGCUGCCUCUGUUAACCCUGUUGAUGUCUAUGAAUGGACCUCCUGUGCAUUCCUAUUGGUUCUGUAAACCAUGUUGAUGCAAGUGGUCCUUGUUACCAGGGGAUAACAUCUUGAUGGCCAUGACCUCUCCUGCCCUUUAUGACCAUAGUAAGGUAAGUGUUCUGUGUUGCCAUCGUAAAGAAUGUAAAUUUCUAAGAACUGAAAUACCAACUGAAACUAAGUUGAAAUCCAGAAUGCAUCCUGCCCCCUCCUGACAAGUUGAUGCCAUUGAUCCCUGCUGCCUUUGUUAAACAUAUGGAUGUCCAUGAGUGGACCUACCAUGCUAUUUCUACUAUUUUGGAAGUCAUGUUGAUGAGGGUUCUUUGUUGCUCAUGGAUCUGAUGUUGAAGUCUGUCAUUCACCCUGUCAGCUGAGACCACGUAGAUGCAAGAGUUCUGUGUUGCCAACAUGAAGAAUGUUAAUUUUAUGAUCAUAACUACCAGCAGAAACCAUGUUACUAUCCAUUCUACAUGAUGCUGCCUGAAACCAUGUGGAUUUAAUUGAUCCUUGCUGUCUGUUAACCAUAUGGAUGUCCAUGAUCAGAACUACAAAGCUACUACUUCUGGAAGCAAUGUUGAUGCUCAUGUUCUUCUUACCAUGGACACCAGGUUGAUUUCCAUGAUCUCUCCUGUUAUGUGUGAUCAUGUUAAGGUAAGUGUUCCCUUUUGGCAAUGUGUAGAGUGGUAAUUCCCAAGAUUUAACCACAUGUUGAUAACUAAGCAGAUAUCCAUAAUUCAUGCUGCCACCUGUACCCACACUGAUGCCAUUGAUCCCUGCUGCCUCUUUUAACCCUAUUGAUGUCUAUGAAUGGACCUCCCAUGCAUUCCUAUUGGUUCAGUAAUCCAUGUUGAUGCAUAUGGUCCAUUUUACCACUGGAUAGUAUCCUGAUUGCUAAAAACUCUCUGUCCCCAUAUGACCAUAUUUGGGUAAGUGUUCUAUGUUACAAAUGUCAAGAAUGUAAAUUUCUAAGAAUAGAUCUACCAACUGAAACUAGUAUGAUAUCCGGAAUGCAUGCUGUCACCUCUGAACAAAUUGAUGUCAUUGAUCCCUGCUGUGAAACACUUGGAUGUCCAGGAGCUAUCCUACGAUGCUAUUCCUACUAUUUCUGGAAGCCAUGUUCAUGCCAGGGUUCUUUUUUGCCCAUGGGUCUGAUGUUGAUUUUUAUCAUCUGUCCUGCUAUCUGAGACCAUGUUGAUUCAAGAGUUCUAUCUUGCCAAUGUGAAGAGUGUUGAUUUCCCUGCUGACAGCUCCUAGCAUCUUAAACUAUGUUGCUAUCCAUUCUACAUGCUAUCACCUGAAACCAUGUGGUUUAAUUGAUCCCUCCUGCCUCUGUAAACCAUAUGGAUGUCCAUGACUGGAACUAGAGUGCUAUUCCUACUAUUUCAGGAAGCAAUGUGAUACUCACGAUUUUCUAAACUACUGAAUACCAGGUGGAUUUCCAUGAUCUUUCCUGCUAUGAGUGACCAUGUUAAGGUAAGUGUUCCUUGUUGCCAAUGUAUAGAAUGUUAAUUUCCAAGAUUUAACAAGCAGUGGUAACCAAACUGAUAUCCAUAAUUCAUGCUGCCACUUCCUACCAUGCUGCUGCCAUUGAUCCCUGCUGCCUCUGUUAACCCUGCUGAUGUCUAUCAAUGGACCUCCCAUGCAUUCUUAUUGGUUCUAAAGCCAUGUUGAUGCAUGUGCUCCUUGUUUCCACGGGAUAACAUCUUGAUGGCCAUGACCUCUCCUUUUCCUUAGGACCAUCUUAAGGUAAGUAUUGUUUGUUUUCAAUGUGAAGAGUUUAAGUUUCCAAGAAUUGAAAUAUCAGCUGAAACUAAGUUGAUAAUGGAAUGCAUGCUGCCAUCUCAAACAAGUUGAUGUCUUCUAUCCUUGCUGUGUCUGCUAAACAUUUGGAUGACCAUGAGCAGACCUAUCAUGCUAUUCCUAUUAUUUCUGGAAGCCAUGUUAAUUCCAGGAUUCAUUCUUGCCCAUGGAUCUGAUGUUGAUGUCCAUCAUCUGUCCUAUUACCUGAGACCAUGUUGAUGCAAGAGUUCUGUGUUGCCAACGUGAAGAAUGUUAAUUUCCCUGAUCUCAGCUACCAUCUAAACUAUGUUACUGUCCAUUCUACAUACUGGCACCUGCAACCAUGAGGAUUUAAUCGAUCCCUGCUGCCUCUGUUAACCAUAUGGAUGUCUAUGGUCAGAACUAGAAUGUUAUUCCUACUACUUCUGGAAGCAUUGCGAUACUCAUGAUCUUCAACCAGGUUGAUUUUUAUGAUCACUCCUGCUACUAGUCACCACCUUAAGGUUCCUUGUUACCAAUGUGUAGAAUGGUAAUUUCCAAGAAUAACCAGCUGUUGGUAACUAAGUUGAUAUGCAUAAUUCAUGCUGCCACCUGCCCCCAUGCUGAUGUCAUUGAUUAGUGCUGCCUAUGCAAACCCUGUUGAUAUUAAUGAAGGGACCUCCCAUGCAUUCUUAUUGCUUCUGCAAGCCAUUUUGAUGUAUGUGGUCCUUUUUGCGAUGGGAUAACACCUUGAUUGUCAUGAAUUCUCCACCCCUAUGACCGUAUUAAGGUAAGUGUUCUCUGUUGCCAAUGUGAAGAAUGUAAUUUCCAAGAAUUGAAAUACCAACUGAAACUAGUGUGAUAUCCUGAAUACAUGCUGCUACCUCCACACAAGUUGAUGUCAUUGAUCCCUGCUGACUCUGUUAAUCAUGUGGAUGUCCAUGAUUGGAACUACAAAGCUAUUCCUACUGCUUCUGGAAGCAGUGUUGAUGCUCAUGAUCUUCUUACCACUGGAUACCAGGUUGAUUUCCAUGAUCUCUCCUGCUAUGAGUGACCAUGUUAAGGUAAGGUAAGUGUUCUUGGCAAUGUGUAGAAUGGUAGUUUUCAAGAUUUAACAAGCAUUGGUAACUAAGCAGAUAUCCAUAAUUCAUGCUGCUACCUGCUACCAUGCUAAUGCCAUUGAUCCUUGUGCCUCUGUUAACCCUGUUGAUGUCUAUGAAUGCACCUCCAAUGCAUUCCUAUUGGUUCUGUAAGCCAUGUUGAUGCAUGUGGUCUUUGUUACCAUGAGAAAUAUCUUGAUGGCCAUGACCUCUCUGGCCCCUUAUGAUCAUAUUAAGGUAAGUGUUCUGUGUUGCCAAUGUGAAGAAUUCCAAGAAUUGAAAUAUCAGCUGAAACUCAGUUGAUAUCCGGAAUACUUGCUGCCACCUCCAAACAAGUUGCUGUCAUUGAUCUCUGCUGCCUCUGUUAAUCAUGUGAAUGUCCAUGAGUGGACUUACCAUGCUAUUCCUACUAUUUUUGGAAGCCAUGUUGAUGCCAGGGUUGUUCUUACCCAUGGAUCUGAUGUUGAAGUCCAUCAUCUGUCCUGCUACCUGAGAACAUGUUGGUACAAGAGUUCUGUCUUUCCAACAUGAAGAAUGUUAAUUUCCUUGAUCUAAACUACCAUUAGAAUCUAUGUGGCUAUCCAUUCUACAUGCUGCUACCUGAAACCAGGUGAAUUUGCCCUGCUGCCUCAGUUAACCAUAUGGAUGUCCCGUGAUCGGAACUACAAAGCUAUUCCUACUACUACUGGAAGCAAUGUUGAUGCUCAUGAUCUUACCACUGGACACCAGGUGGAUUUCUGUGAUCUCUCCUGCUACCGGUGACCAUGUUUCUUGUUCCGAAUAUGUAGAAUGUCAAUUUCCAAGAUGUAACCAAUCGUUGGUAACUAAGUUGAUAUCCAUAGUUCAUGCUGCCACCUGCUACCAUGCUGAUGCCAUUGAUCCCUGCUGCCUCUGUUAACCCUGUUGAUGUCUAUGACUGCACCUCCCAUGCAUUCCUAAUGGUUCUGUAAUCCAUGUUGAUAUAUGCGGUCCUUGUCACCAUGGGAUAACAUCAUGAUUUCCAUGAACUCUUUUGCCUCGUAUGACCAUAGUAAGUUUUCUGUGUUGCCAAUGUGAACAAUGUAAAUUUCCAAGAAUUGAAAUACCAACAGAAACUAAGUUAAUAUCCUAAACGCAUGCUGCUACCUCCAAAUAAGUUGAUAUCAUUGAUCCCUGCUGCCUUUGUUCACCAUAUGAAUGUUCAUGAUCAGAUUAUAAUGCUAUUCCUACUACUUCUAGAAGCAAUGUUGAUACUCAUGAUCUUCUUACCACUGGACACCAGGUUGAUUUCCAUGAUCUCUCCUGCUACCAAGUCAAGGUAAGUGUUCCUUGUUGCCAGUGUGUAGAAUGGUAAUUCCCAAGAUUUAACGAACCUUUGGUAACUUAGCAGAUAUUCAUAAUUCAUGCUGCCACCUGCACCCAUGCUGAUGCCAUUGAUCCCUGCUGCCUCUGUUAACCCUGUUAAUGUCUAUGAAUGGAGCUCUCAUGCAUUCCUAUUGGUUCUAAAGCCAUGUUGAUGUAUGUAGUCCUUGUUUCCACGGGAUAUUAUUUUGAUUGCCUUGGCCUCUCUGGCCCCUUAUGACCAUAUUAAUGUGAGUGUUCUGUGUUGCCAACAUGAGGAAUGUAAAUUUCCAAGAACAGAAAUACAAACCAAAACUAAGUUGAUAUCCAGAAUGCAUGCUGUCACCUCCAAACAUGUUGAUGUCAUUGAUCCCUGCUUCCUCUGGUAACCAUUUUGAUGUCCAGGAUCAGACCUCCCAUGUUAUUUCUAGUAUUUCUGGAAGCCAUGUCGAUGACUGUGGUCCUUCUGGCCCCUAUAUUCCAUAAAGAUUUCCUUGAUAUCUCUUGCCAACUUUGACAAUGUUAAUUAAGUGUUCUGUGCUGUCAAUGUGAAGAACAUAAAUUUCCAAGAACUCAACAUCCAACCGAAACUAAGUUGAUAUCCAGAAUGCAUGGUGCCACCUCCAAACAUGUUGAAGUCAUUGAUCCCUCCUGCCUCUGUUAGACACAUUGAUGUUUAUGAUUGGAAUUAUAAUGAUAUUCCUAUCACAUUUGGAAUCCACGAUGAUGCCCAUUGUUUUUGUACCAGUAGAUACCAUUUUGAUUCCUAUGAUCUCUCCUCUUGUCUUUGACCUUGUUAAAUUAUGUAUUCUGUGCUGCCAACAUGAAGAAUGUUAAGUUCCAAGAUUUAACCAUUGAAAUGUUAAUUUCCAAGAUUUCAUCAAUCUUAAAAACUAAUUUUAUAUCCAUAAUUCCUGGUGUCACCUGCAUCCAUUGUCAUUCUAUUGAUUCCUGCUGCCUCUGUUAACCAUGUUGAUGUCUAUGAUCAGGACUUCCAUGCUAUUCCUAUUGAUUCUGGAAACCAUGUUGGUGCCCAUCAUACCACUUGUUACCACUGUGUAACAUCUUGAUAUGGAUGACCUGUCUGGACAUUUAUGACUACAUUAAGGUAAAUGUUCUGUGUUAACAAUGUGAACAAUGUAAAUUUGCAAGAAUUAAACUACCAUCUGAAACUAAGUUAAUACCCAUAGUUCAUGCUGCUGCCUGCAGACAAAUUGAUGCCAUUGUUCCCUGUGGCCUCUGUUAAGCAUUUUGAUAUCCAUGAUUGGAUAGUCCAUGGUGUUCCUACUAUUUCUGGGAUCCGUGUCAAUGCCUGUGGUCCUUCUUACUCCUCAAUAGGAAGUUUAUGCCCAUCUUUCCUGCCAUUUUAUUGCCAAUGAGAAAAAUGUCAAUUUUCAAAAUUUAAUCUACAAUCUGAAAAUAAGUUGAUAUCCAUGAUUCAUGCUGCUACCCGCAACCACAUUGAUGUCAUUGAUCCCACAUGCCUCUGUUAACCAAACUGAUGUCCAACAUAGGACCUACCAUGCUAUUUCUACUAUUUCUGGAAGCAAUGUUGAUGCCUGUGGUCCUUCCUAUCACUGCAUACAUUGUUGAUUUCCAAGAUCUCUCCUGCCCCUUGUGACCACAUUAAAGUAAGUGUUCUGUGUUGCCAAUAUGCAAAUUGUUAAUUUCCAAGAUUUAACCCACCAUCCAAAAGUAAGAUGAAAUCCAUAAUUCAUGAUGCCUCCUGAAACCAUGUUGAUGUCUUUGAUUCCAAGUGCCUCUGUUAAUCAAAUUGAUGUCCAUUAUGGGACGGACCGACUAUGCCAUUCCUACUAUUUCUGGAAGCCUUGUUGGUCCUUGUGGUCUUUCUUACCCGUGGAUAUGACAUUGAUGUCCAUCAUCUCUUCUGUCCCUGAGACCAUGUUGAUGCAACAGUUCUGUGUUGCCAUUGUGAAGAAUGUUAAUUUCCGUGAUCUCAGCUACCAUCUGAAACUAUGUUGGUAUCUAUAGUGCAUGCUGCCACCUGUAACCUCGUUGAUAUCACUGCUGCCUGCUGCCUCCUUUACCAUGUUGAUGUCUAUCAUGAGCCUUACCAUGCUAUUCCUGUUGGUUUGAAGGCCAUGUUGAUGCCUUGUGGUACGUUUUGCUCCUGGAUAAGAUGCUGAUGUUGAUGGUCUGUCCUGCCACCUGAGACCAUACUGAGGUAAGUUUUCUGUGUUGCCAACAUGAAGAGUACUGAUUUCCAUGAGUUGACCUACGGUCUGAACCUAAGUUGAUAUCUGUAAUUCAUUCUGUCCCUGAACCAUGUUGAUAUCACUGAUCCUUGCUCCUUGGUUUAUCAUGUUGAUUAUCAUGAUGAUUAUCAUGAUCUGACCUCCCAUGCUGUCCCUACUGCUUCUGGAAGCUGUGUUGAUGCCUGUGGUCCUUGGUAUCCCUGGAUAUGAUGUUGAUGUCGAUGUUCUGACUCCUGAAUCCAUGCUGAGGCCACCAUAUUGAUGUCACUGAUCCUUGCUGCAUGUUUUAACUAUGGUGAUAUCCAUGAUCCAACCCUCCAUUCAAAACUUUGGUGAUGUCAUGGAUCCUUCCAUUUCUGCUAUGUUGCUGCCCAUGAUCUGCCCUACCACUCAAUCCCUGCUGUUUCCUGAAGCCAUGGUGAUGCCUGUGGUCCUUGUUGCCCCUAGAUAUGAUUUUGAUGUCCAUGUUCUGUCCUUCCACCUGAGACCACAUCGAGGUAAGUAUUCUGUGCUGCCAACAUGAAUAAUGUUGAUUUCCUUGAUCCCACAUGCCACCCACAACUAAUUUAAUACUCUUGAUGCAUGCCGCUGCAGGAAAUCAUGUUGAUGUCACUGUUCCUUGCCUCAUCUUCUAACCAUGUUGAUGUUCAUCAUCCAACCUACCGUCCAAAACUUUGUUGAUGUUACUGAUCUAUGUUGUAGCUGUCAACUAUGUUGAGGUUACUGAACUUUGCUACCACCUGUAACCAUGUUGAUGUCUGCAGUGUACAGUGCUAUCAGAAACAAUGUUGAAGUCAUUCAUCCAUACUACUACCUGAGACCCAGUUCAAGUAAGUUUCCUGUGUCACCCAUGUGUACAAUAUUGAUUUCCAUGAUCUAUCUGCCACCUGAAACUAAGUUGAUAUCCCUGAUUUGUACUGACAUAGGCAACCAUGUUGAUGUGACUGAUUCUCACUGUCUCUCUUAACCUUGCUGGUAUCCAUGAUUCGAACUACCAUCUGAAACUUUGUUGAUGUCACUGAUCUGUGUGUUGGAUGUUACUGAACCUUGCUACCACUUGUAGCCAUACUGCUGUCUGUAGUCUGUAAUCAUCUGAGACAAUGCUGAAAUCAGUGGUGCAUGCUACCACCUGAGACCCAGUUCACAUAAGAGUCCUGUGCUGACAAUGCGUACGAUGUUGAUUUCUGUGAUCAGUCUGCCACCGGAAACUAAGUUGAUGUACAUGAUCUGCCACAGUCUACCAACCAUGUUGAUGUCACUGAUCCCUGUUGCCUGUGUUAACGAUGUUGAUGUUCAUUAUCUGACUUAACAUCUGAAAUUACGUUGAUGUCACUCAUCCAUGCUGCCGUUUGUAACCAUGUUUAUGGUCAUAGUCUGUAUUGGAAUCUUAGACCUUGUGGAUGUCCAUGGUCCACGUGGCCACCUGAAUCCAUAAUGAUGACAAUGAUGACUGUAGUCUGUGCUGCUGCCAGCCAUCAUGUUGAUGUCUGUGAUCUGUGCUGCUGCUGGGACUAGGUCGAUAUGCAUGAUCAAAGCUGCCAACAGAAAUCAUUUUGAUGUCGUUAAGCCAUCCUGGUGCUGGAGACAAUGUUGACAUCUGUGUUCUGUGCUGCCACCAAAAAACCAUGCUGAUGUUCAUGGUCUGGGCUGCAUGGUGAAGACCAGUUGGAUAUCCAUGACUCAGAUUCUGAUGGAGACUGUGUUGUCAUCUGUGGUCAGUACUGCCACAAGAAGGCAUCCUGGUGUUAGUGAUCAGUGAUGCCACCUGCAAACACGUUAUGUUGGUGAUCUGUGUUGAAGUUAGAGACCAGAUGGAUGUCAGUUAUCCAAGCUGUCACCAGAAAUCUUGAGGACCUUGAUCUAUGCUGCUGCUGGAAAGCAUGUGGAAGUCUAUGAUCCAUUCUGCUGCUGGAAACCAUGUGGAAGUCCGUGAUCUGUACUGCCACUGAUAUUCUUGUCAAAGAAGCUUCUUUUGUAGUAGUAUCCAUGACUGCAGAAUCUUAACUGGAAAUGACAGACAUCGAAGGCUUCUGUGCCACCAUCUCCAAAAGAAACACUCUAGACAGGACCUUUCUGAAGAGUGUCCUUGAAAAUUGUAAUAAAGAUGCUUAACUGUAGCUCUUCACAUUUCAUGGCUUCAGGUGCAGGUUUGGGGAAGGACUCCUUUUUUAAGUGGCUGGCCACUGCAAGUUUGACCAUGCUCCAAUGAGUAUAUGGGCAACACAUAUUUGACUUGUAGUGUAUUUUUUCUGUUCUGGGGGAGAAUGGCACAAGGGUGUGGGUGGACCAGGGAGGAAUAUGAAGCAAGUGUGAUCAAGGUAUAUUGUAUGAAAUUUUCAAAUAAUUAAUAAUAAUAUUUUGGGAAAAUAAAAAAAUGCAUCAAAUAGUA